CCGCCAUGUUCUCCUAGUAGCGGAUCUGAUCGCCUAAGCAGCGCAGCCCACCAGGGCGCUCCGCUGUCACAUCCCUGCAUUUCUACCGUCUUUCCUUGUUCACAAAUCCAACUAUUUUUCACCCCUUUGCGCUAUUUCGCGAAUCCUAACCUUCACCAUGGUGACUACCACAGCGCCUUCACCCUUUCUAGCCCGGAUCUCGGCCGGUACCGAAGACCCUCGGCGGUUUCCCACGUCCCUGUUUCAACGGCUCAUAGGGGCAGAAUACAACGGCGAAAGCCACCAGCCGGGUUGCUGCCCAGUGGGCCCAGGUGGUACCACACGGCCGGCGCUGAAGAAAGUCAGGCGGCGGAGAGGAAAAAUACGGUCCACUCCCUCUGGCCUCUUACAGAGCCGCUACCAGCAGUACCAACAACACCGCGCCGGCUUGGGACGAAGGAACACAGCGCAGGGGACGCGCAACCUCUACGAAGUUCCCGCUGCCUCGUCGGAGCCUGGGCAAGAAACGGUCCCAAAAGAGAAAGCUCCGGCAGCUUCGCCAAGGACAGCCCCCGUCAGUUUCGCUAAACCCCUCAGGAAAGAGUUGCUCAAAACCAGGAUUGCAAAGUCUGAAAAGGUUACAAUUCCUUACAGUCAGCCUGUUCACAGUAUACACCUGUGUGACCAAUCAAAAACUAACAGACAGAGAAGCAAAUGUAAUAUACCAUUGAACAAAAUUCCACCUAUUAAAAAAAGUGAAAAUAACUUCUGGCAUGAACCUGAAUCACCUGAGCUCAUUAAAAAGCAGGAGAAAAAGGCUCUGAAAAACACAGAACAUGUGAAAGCAAAGAAGACCAUCUUUCUGACUGAAGCCAACCAAAAAGAAAACUAUGCUGGAGCAAAAUUUAGUGAUCCUCCUUCACCUAGUGUCCUUCCAAAGCCUCCCAGUCAUUGGGUAGGAAGCACUGUUGAAUAUUCUGACCAAAACAAGGAGAUGAUGGCAUUCCAUCUAAAAACUCUCUUGAAAGUUCAAGCAUAGUUCAUGAAUAUUUACACUGAACAUAAUGGGAAUUUGAAACCUGCCUUGUUGCAACAUGAUCCACAAAAGACUUUCUUAAAAUCAAACUUGUACUCUAUUUUUUAAUGAUUGUGUAAAUAGUGUAUAUCAUGUAAUGUGUAUAUUCAUAUUUUGAGGUACAUUUUAGUUUUGUUAUGAAAGGAUGUAUUUUACACUGCCCAUGUGGUAGAUGGCUUUUGUAUAUAAUAAUGGACAUCUAAUGUGUGCUUAAUACAUUGAAAGACCUGACAGUGUUUGCACAAGGUACUAACAUUUUGAAAGAAGAAAAGCUCUCAUCUCAAGGUUCAAAUGAAAAUGUGAAAAAUAUUACUAAUGCACUACUGAAAUGUUUUGCAAUCUGUGGCACAAUACAUUGUUGAAUAAGAACAUUUCAUGAAAUGAAUUUAUUUGAAACAGUAUAUGGAGUUAAAAUAAUUUCUCCUUGCAAAGAUGAAUUUGGAAUUUGAUUUAUGGAGCCCCAAAUGGAGCACUGCUGAUUCUCUGACAAAGAGCAGCAGAGCUAUGUUCCAGAGAUAAUUGGUUAUUUUAAAAAGAAUAAAUAAAAUAAUUUGGCCUCCCCUUA